GGGGCUGGACAGUGCACUGCAUACAAAAAGACACACUAAUAAAUACAAACAAGCAGACAGACUUUGAAAGUUGUCUCAAAAGACACCUUCCUGCACAAUCCUAUUUGCAGUAAAGCACAGUGUGGGUUAGUCAUGAUAAGUCUCCCUGUGAGAGGAGUGGAGACAACAAAAGGCACCCCCUGCAGUAGUAGAGAUCUAAUAUUGGCACUCGAGGCAGCUGGCGGGCUGUCUCCUGUAAUUUUAGCGCACACUGAUGCAGAGGAAAGAUUUAAUGGGCAUUGGUCAGCGUACCUUCUUGUGAGGGCGUAAAGGAGACAGAGCAGAGCGAGCAGAGAGGGAGGGGAGCAGAGGAGGGUGAGGACAGUGAGGAGAGAGGGAGAGAGAGAGAGAGAGAGAAAGGCAGCGUGUUAGGGGCUGCUGUGGCUCAGAAAUAAAGUCAGGCAACUAUCUGGAGCAGCAUGACUCUUCUAACACUUGGACUGUAUCUGCCACUGUGGUUUUGCUAUGGCCUGGCUCAAUCCUCUAUUCUGGACAGCUUUAUUUCAUUCCCAGCGGCUCUCAGAUCCCAGGAGCAGCAAAGGAGAUUCAGCCCAUGCUGUUUACUGAGUCCGCCUCCACCCCCACUGUUUCCUCCACCCCCUUCACUUUGGCGCCGCCACGCUCAUAACGAAGACAAUUCAUAUGAUGAUGGUGAGUCAGAAUCGGGCAAUGGGGAAAAAAGUUCUACCUGCAUUCAAGGCCCCCGUGGACCUGCUGGUCUCCCUGGACCUCAGGGUCCACCUGGAUUACCAGGGAUAGCAGGGCCGAAAGGAGAAAAAGGAGAAAUCGGAAGACCUGGGCAAAAGGGUCGGACAGGUCCUCCCGGACUUCCUGGGAAGCAGGGACCAGCUGGAUGGCCUGGACCAAGUGGGCCCAAAGGGGAGAAAGGUGAUGCGGGGCUGAUGGGAUUGCCAGGAGCCAGAGGACAAAUUGGGCCAAGGGGUUUACCUGGGUAUAAAGGGGAAAAGGGUUCUCGAGGUGAUCGCGGUGAGAACGGAGUCAAAGGCGACAAGGGUGCAAUGGGUUUCCCAGGAAUGCUUGGACAGAAAGGUGAAAUGGGUCCAAAAGGAGAACCUGGGAUCUCUGGAAACAGAGGACCCACUGGCCGACCAGGGAAGAGAGGCAAGCAGGGAGUAAAAGGAGACACAGGCAGUGUUGGCCCAAUGGGACCUGCAGGCCCACAGGGAACUCCAGGUCACCCUGGUCCUCCUGGUUCACCUGCCACAGGACUCUACAUGGUUGGAGCAAAGGGUGCACGUGGUCUACCAGGGCCUCCUGGAAAGUGUAGCUGUGGUUCUCUCAGUAAUUCUCCAUUUGAUGAUUAUCCUUCGAGAGGAAACUAUCCCAAAGUGCCAGCGAUAUUCGUCGUGAGCAACGAGGAAGAACUGGAGCGCCUUCACACAGAUAACGCUCUUGCAUUCCGCAAAGACCAGAGAUCUCUCUAUUUCAAAGACAUUGAUGGCUGGCUGCCAAUCCAGACUUUUCCAUUCCAGCUGACGCCGUUCCAGUCCAUGGAAAACGCACCUGAUGAUGAAGGUUACUGCGGUGAUGGGAUAGUGCAGAUUUCCAACGGGGAAGAGUGUGAUGACAGGAACAGAGUCGUCACUGACGGCUGCGUCAAGUGUAAACAUGCCUACUGUGGGGAUGGAUACCGCUAUGAGGGGGCUGAGGAGUGUGAUGGAAAGGACUUCGGUUACCAGACGUGUAAUUCAUAUCUUCCAGGGUCAUAUGGUCACCUCAAGUGCACACCCUAUUGUGUGAUUGACUCCACAAACUGCAAGUACUUCACUUGAGGAGGAAGCUGGACAGUGCAGUGGGAUCCUCUGUGUGUUAUUUGGAAUAUUUUCAUGCAAAAAAGAACAAUAAUGCUCGAAGCAAGAAACUCUGAAGGUAGAGGCAGCCAAUGAUUCUAUGAUGAAAGAAAAAAACAAAACGUAUAUACAGUAUAUACACAUAUAUAUAUAUAUAUAUAACUCCUCUGUAUUGCUGCUGAGAUGCCACGUAGCUCCCCGGAGUUAUAGUGGAGGUGAAAAGCCUUCACCCACACAUAGGAAAUGCACAGGACAACUGCACUCAGUCUUAACAAGCAGGACUUAAGACUGGCCCCUCUCACCAUGAAUCAGCCUCCGGAUGCAACAGUUGUGACAGCCAUGCAGAGACUUAAUUAAGUGCCAGUGGGAGAUGUUGCAGGAGAGCAGAAUUGGGGCCAGAGGCGUAUUAAUCUUGACCCAGUUACUGUUGAGAAAGAGAGGCAGUAGGACAUCCAAGGCCAUGGCCUCAGGUAUUCUGCUGCAGCAUCAAUGACAGCUCACAGCAUUUGCAUGAGGCUGGGACUACUGAGACCAUGACAGCAGCCGUCACUAUACAAGCAUGUAACCCAUCACUUUACUUGUUAAUGCCACAACAAGGCUCUCAAUAUCACAUCAAGAUCUUCAGUUAAAAAACAGGCAUAUAGCAAGAUCAAUAUGGAUGGAGAUAAAGGUGCGAGAAUUAUGCACUUGUAAAAUGUCAGUGAGACUGUUAUAUCAGGAGGCCGACUUGGCUUCAUUAACUUGUGGUGGUGCUUGACAGGGACAUUCAGUCAGGGCAAAGUUUCAUAAAUCCAAAAAACUUCUCAGGAACCAACAGGUCAUGUAGCUCCACACAGCACCGUUCACAGGCAUCCCCCUUGCUACUCUCUUUGUAAAUGAAAUGGCAGUGACUGUACGCUGAAGCACACAGAUAACUAAAAAGCUUUAACAUAUCGACAAUGCGCAAUUGUCAAGGUACAAUCUUCCCUGUGCUUCAGUGACAAAUGAAAUCUACCGUGUACGAAGGCUUAAAACUGUUCUUAAUGUUCUCACUGCACAGGAAAACCUGGGGUCGUCUGUAGCUGCUAAAGGGAGGGACGAAUUUCAAUUCCAGUCUGUUCUGUGGUCAUUACUGUAUUUACUCUAAUACCUCUUUAUCCAGUCUUUCUGUCUUACAGCAUAUACAGCAACAGAGAAACUCAACAGUAAACUUAACAGUGUAGAUGUAGUCUACUGUGUGUUGGGUGCCGAUGGCGAACUUUGCCGGUAUAAGCUGACAUUUUCCAUAAGCUACUGUAUGAGUCGCAGUGCCAAGGGAGACUUGUUCUCAGUCAUACUUAGAUGUAGUCAGGUGUUUAUGAAGUGUUUCUUCUGUAAAAAGCAAUUGAAAGAUACUGACUGUUAUUAUAUUGUCUCCGCAUGCUUGUGAUAUACCGUGCUAACGAGUGUGAAAUGCUUCCACUUUAUUUUGUAAAUUCAUUGCAUUCAUCAGCAUAGCAGGUGUCUUAAGAAGUCUUGCUCUGCCCAGAGUGUAGCUAAGUACUGUAUGUGUGAC